AUCAUGGAGUCAUCAUCACUAGUGUUAAAACAAAUAAAUUUUUUGCCAAACAAUCAAAAUCAAAAUGUUUCGAUUGCAUGGAAAAAUCUUCGUUAUGAAGUGAAUACUCGAUUCAUUGGUGUUGGUGGACGAAAAGUGAUUCUUAAACGUCUGAAUGGCCAUCUUGAAUAUAAUAGUCUGAAUGGAUUUCUAGGACCUAGUGGUGCUGGUAAAACGACACUUCUUAAUUGUUUGAAUGGCAAAUAUCAAUCUGGACUCAGCGCCGAUUCAGAGAUCUACAUCAACCGACGAGAGAAUGAUAAACCGAGAAUAAGAUACAUUCAACAACAUGUCCAUGAAACGAUAAUCGGUUCGAUGACAGUUCGUCAGGUGCUUUACUAUGCCUUUCGAUUCAACAAUAGCUACAAGCAUGGUCGAUCCGAAAUGGAUAAACAGAUGACCAAUGUACUCGAUCAACUGUUGCUCGAUCACAAAGUUCUCGACAGAAGGUUCGAUCUUUGCAGUGGAGGUGAACAAAAACGCAUUGCUCUUGCCCAAGAAUUGAUGUCACUGAAGGCGCCGACAUUUUUGUUCGUCGAUGAACCGACCACUGGGUUGGAUAGUCAUGCCGCAUUGUUGAUGGUACGUUGUCUACGAAAGUUGGCUGACAAUCCACAGAAUCAAAUGACUAUUCUGGCAUCGAUACAUUCGCCCAACUCGGACAUUCUCAAAUUGUUCGACAAACUCUACAUAUUGGCAAAAGGUGGUGUCUGCAUCUACUCUGGAUUGCCAACAUUGUUACGGCAGAAUCUUCACGAACAUAUUGGACUAGUGCAUGAUCAAAGCAAACCGCCGAUCGAAGAAUAUCUGGCCAUCGCCUGCAAAGGAACUGACUAUGAAAAUGUUCAUCUAUUAGUAGAAGCUACCUGGUCACAACAACAAACCGAAUUAAAACAAGUGAUACCGCAGAUGAAAUUCUUACCACAAGGAAUCAUUGCCGACCACAAACUUUUCUCGGCUGGAGAUUUUCUUCUUCAAAUCACACGAAUGUUUCAAUUAACGUUCAUUAAACAAAUUGAUUUCCGUAUCAUUACAUUAAUAAUGAUGACAUUGAUGUUUUUUAUCGAAACAAAUAUCUAUGAUUCGGAUAUGGUCACGCCAAAUACUUGUGUGUUAGCUGCCGAUUUCAGCAAAUCGUAUGGAAAACAAAAUCAAACUUGUCUAGAGAAAAUCAAAGAUGAUUAUCGUGUUGAAUUUUAUUUAAAUUUUCAAUGUUUAUUCAUUAUGAUGCUUGGCUAUCUACUUAGCGGUAUUAGUAGUUUAACAUUAUCAUCACUAAUGAAAAUAUUCAAGAAUGAACAUCAAAAUGGCUGGUACAGUGUUGGUGUUUCGUAUUGGUCCAUCGUGAUUGUUCGAUUAAUUGAUUUUACCAUCAUUGCAUUAUAUGUGACAACAUUGAUGUAUUUCCUAAUUGAUCAUAGAUAUGUUGAUAAUGGCCAAUUCAAUUCGCAUCGAUUCACCAGUUUUUUCCUAUUUUUAUGGAUGUUUAUUGUUUACAUACAAUCAAUGGGACAAUUGUGGAGUUUGAUUUUCGCCAGUUUAUCCGACAUUGCUGUCGCCAUUUCGCUUAUUGUUUAUGCAUCCAUUGAUUUUAAUAAUGGUUAUAUUUUUCCGUAUAAUCAUAUUGUUAUGAUGACAAGUAAAAUCAUUAGCGAUUUGAUUGGAUCAAGAAUCAUUAAAAAUGGACUAAUUUAUUCAUUUUACGGUAUCGAUCGUUGCGAUACGGAGGAAAUUUCGUCCGUAUUGAUUGGUCAUGAUAUUGAUCCUGAUACGGUUUAUGUUGAUUUAUAUCGAAUCGUAAUCAAUUCAAUCAUUCUACGUUUAUUAACGUUAAUAUUGAUGAUGUUUAAAUUGCAAGGAUUACGCUGUAAUCAUCACCAUCAUUGGUUCGUGUUGCGAAAAAAACAGUCACCAUCUUUAGAUUUUAUCCCGAUUGAUUAUGAUGAUUUAAAUAAUAAUCAUCAUGAAUCAUUCAAUGUCAAUGUCGAAAUUGCUAAUGAUGAUGAUCAACGUAGAAAAUCAGCAGUGGAAAUUGAAUUUGACAAAUUUGCGAAAAAUCGUAUUAUCAUUGCUUGGAGGUCAUUAAGUUUAUUUAAUUCUGGCUCAAUAUUUGAAUUACGUUCGGCCAAUGAUCUUGAACAACCCAAGUAUAUACUGCGUAAUCUGAAUGGCCAAUUUCGUUUUGGUACAUUGAAUGCUUUGAUGGGCACGUCUGGAGCUGGCAAGACUUCUUUUCUCAAAGUGUUGAAUGGACGGGACAAGACUCGAUUGUGCAGUGAAACCAAAUUCUACCUAAGCAAGUUCACACCACUUAGGACCUGUUAUAUAACUCAAGAGAUUUCUUGUCAUCUGACACCAGGAUUGACGGCACUUCAAUGUCUCAUAUAUGCAAGCAGAUUGAAAAAUCUCGGUGAAAAUAUCGAUCAUAAACAAAAGGCUAUGGCCUUGCUAGAAGAACUGGACAUUGCCGACACCGCCAACACAUUGGUCAAUAAAUGUUCAGGUGGUCAACGAAAACGGCUGGCUCUGGCUUUGGAACUAAUGUCGUUACGAAUGCCCAAUUUCAUUUGUAUCGAUGAACCAACCAGUGGUUUAGAUUCGAAUUCAGCCGAAGUGAUCGUUACAUGUUUACGAAAAAUGUCACAUAAACACAACAUCACCAUAGUAGCAGCCAUUCAUCAACCAAAUACUGAAAUGUUAAUGCUUUUUGAUCAGGUUUACAUCCUGGCUAGAGGUGGUGUUUGCAUCUUCUCGGGACCACCAUCACAAAUCAGUGACCAUCUCCAGCAAGUUUGUAACGACGAAAAUGGUGAUGGCGAUGAUAAAUUUGCUGUUGAAGAAAUGAUGAAAUAUUCUAGUUUGAAUCAUUUGGAACAACAAAUUAAAACAUUGGUUCAAGCGACAAACGAAUCAAUCUUGGAAAAUCAAUCCGACGAUCAUUUAUUAACGGAUACACGAUACAUUUUAGAUGGGCCACAGAUGAAUCGAACAAGAUUUUCAUUACAAUCAAUCAGAAUAUUAAUCAAACGUCAAUUAUAUUUCUACAUUGGCAGUCUAAUGGCAAGAUUUUUGAUUUUGGCUCUCACUAUAUUUGCUAUAUUAAAUGGUUUGAUAAUAAAAAGUUUAAUUGAUCCAGAUAUUGCCUAUAGAAAUGGUUGCAUUAGUCUGGAUGAAGAUCUAUUGAAUUGUAAUCGUUCCAUUGACGAAAGUUUAGAACUUUAUAUUAGUUUUCAAUACAUGAUGUAUUGUCUAGAUAAUUUCGGCAUAAUUUGUUUUAUAUUUUUCGCAAUGAUUUUUACAUCACAAAGAAAAUUAUUUCAAAUUGAACAUCGUAAUGGAUGGUAUAGUUCAGGUACAUUCUAUGUGGCCAAAGCAAUCUCUGAUUGGAUGCUCAUAAUACCUAUAAUCAUCAUUUAUCCGUUUAUUGUUGAUAUUUACUCACCAGUUCGUUCAUAUGUUCCUUAUUAUAUGAUCAUCAUCAUCAUAUUGCCACUGAUUGCAUUUCAAGGUGCUGGUUAUAUAUUGUCCAUUUUGUUUGGUCGAAAUCCAUUUAUUUUAUAUAUAUCAUUGCCGAUUUUAUCAAUACUAUCGAUUGUUUGUGCAGUGUCACCACAUGCAUUAUCACACAUGGCAUUUAAAUUGUUGACAACAUUCAAUCUUUUCCGAUAUCAAGUUGAAGCCAUUGUAUUGCUAAUAUUUGGUUUCGGACGUUGUAAUGAUAGAGAAAUACAGAUUGUUUUGUAUAAAUUUGGUUAUUUACAUGAUGAUUAUUUUUAUUAUUCUAUCCUGAUGACUGCUGUUAAUGCUUUGCUUUAUCAAACCAUAGCCAUUACAUUGUUUUGUAUCCGUCAUAAUCCAUUUGAAAAUCGUCGUAAACGUAUUGAGCGUAUCGAAUAUUUAAAUCAACGAAAAUUACCAUCAAAUGUAAUAUUUCCCGGACUUGGUUGUUCGAAUGAUUGUUUCACUAUUAAAACAAUUCAGUGAAUUAAAUUAAAUUUUGUUGUAGAUUUAUUUCAAAACAAAGUCUGGCGGUAAUGAACGAUUCAAAAAUUAAGUUAAAAAGCGUAAACGCAAGUCAUUUAAAUACCAAACGGAAACAAAUACAAAUCUAAUUAUGGAACACCAAUUAAAAAAAAAAAUAUUCUUUCCAUUCUCGUGUGCCAUUUGAUAUUGCAAGAAAUUCUUCUGUACAAUCGAAACACGUUCGAAAUAAAUUGAUGGAAUUCUUCUGGAACGAGGGAAAAAUUUCAUCACAACCAUACCAAUACUAAAGUAGAUUAUUAUGAUUAUGAUUUUUGUGGUGAAAUCGUGGUAUAAUUAUGAAUCGCCAAUUUUGAAUUACGAUCAUUUGCCUUUAUCCUUCUUUAAAUAUGAAUUCAAAAAACAACUAUAUUGUCCCUGGAAUGAGAUUUGGACAACAUGCUCAAAUGGAUCCACUACUAAAAAAAUUUUUCCACUGGUCAGCAUCAGAUCAGGAAUCAAUCUGUCUCCUGAUUUCAUUCUUACCCAAUUUCUAACAAACCAUGGAAAAUUCAACCAGUAUUUAAACAGAAUGCGAAUCAAAGAUCAAUCGUCUUGUUUCUGUGGUAAUCCUUCACAAACAUCAUUACACUUAAUUUUGGAAUGCGAUCGUUUUGCAGCACAAAGAUGUUUUUUCGCUUGUUUCUGUUCUGAUAUGUCUAAUUCUCUAUCCAAUAUGUUGGAUGAAAAUAUUAGAAAAUAUUUUUCAAAUUUCAAAUUGUCCCACAGGCAGCUUCGUUUCAGCACUGCGGAAAUAAGCAGUUGUUUGUCCAUAUUAUAAAAUUUUAAAAUGCCAAUAUGCAAUAAAAAUAAAAUUCGAAAUUGUA